AUGGAGAAUGAACCCAACACAACGACAUGUUCUGCAUCCACCACGACCGUCACCACCAGCUCCACUUCCCGCACGCCGCUGCCGCAGAUCUCCGUCUACAGCGGCUCUGACAGACAUGCUGUCCAGGUUAUUCAGCAGGCCUUGCAUCGUCCUCCUAGCUCAGCUGCUCAGUACCUCCAGCAGAUGUAUGCAGCCCAACAGCAGCAUCUAAUGCUGCAGACUGCUGCUCUUCAGCAGCAGCACUUAAGCAGUACCCAAUUUCAGAGUCUGGCAACUGUUCCACAGGCAAGCCUGUCAGGUGGGAGGCAAUGUACUUCCCCCACUGGGAGUGUCACUCAGCAGUCAAGCAUGUCGCAGACCUCGAUUAACCUCUCCACCUCUCCUACACCUGCACAGAUAAUAAGCCGUUCUCAGACCUCCAACACCACCAGCAGCAGCAUCACCCAACAGACGAUGCUGCUGGGCAGCACCUCUCCCACCCUGAGUGCAAGCCAGGCUCAAAUGUAUCUACGAGCUCAGAUGCUUAUUUUCACUCCGGCGACUACUGUGGCUGCUGUCCAGUCUGACAUUCCUGUUGUCUCUUCAUCCUCCUCAUCUUCCUGUCAGUCUGCAGCUACUCAGGUUCAGAACUUGACGGUGCGCAGUCAGAAGCUGGGUGUGUUGUCAAGUUCCCAGAAUGGCCCACCAAAGAGCAGCAGUCAAACUCAGUCCCUGUGCCCCAGUAAAGCUGCCAGCAGCUCCAAGGGCAGCCAGGCAGAGCCCUCAGAAAGCAAUAGGAAAGGCGAGAGCCCCGCUCCGGAGUGUCGGAGCACGCCGGUCACACGGACGUCCAGCAUACACCACUUAAUUGCACCAGCUUCAUAUUCUCCAUUGCAGCCUCAUUCUCUAGUAAAACAUCAGCAGAUCCCACUUCAUUCGCCACCCCCAAAGAUUUCCCAUCAUCAGCUGAUCCUGCAGCAGCAGCAGCAGCAGCAAGUCCAGCCGAUUGCACUUCAGACUCCUCCGGGCCAGGAACCGCCUCCAUCCCAGCACUGCCUGCCCCUGCCCAGCCACGCGCUGCCCCCCGCUCCCAGCAGCGUCCAGUCCCACUGCUCCCCUAUCCACAUCCACCCUCCGCCUCUCACGCUGUCUCCUACCCCAUCCCAGUCAGCUCAGCAGUCCGUCGUGGUGUCCCCUCCGCCGUCCCACUCCCCGAGUCAGUCACCCACCAUAAUUAUUCACCCCCAAGCCCUUAUCCAGUCCCAGGCCAGCUCCCUGGUGCCGGCGGCUCUGCAGCCCGAGCCGGCCGCUCCCCAGGCGGCUGCCGCCAACCCCGUGCGGCCAUCGCAGCCGCUCAGCCUUCCUCCGCACCUGCCGCUCCCUCCCUCGCCCGCCGUGCACAUCGGGGCCGUGGAGCCGCCCAGCUUGGUUUCCGCGGGCCAGCAGCUCGUGUCCUCCGCGCCGCACCAGCAGUAUCCAGCCGUGCAAUCCGCUCCCAUCCCUCUGGCAGCUCCGCCUCAGCUCUCGGCGUCCUCAACCCAAAUUCAACCUCUGCCCCUGCAGUCUGUGCAGUCUUUACAAGUGCAGCCUGAAAUUCUGUCCCAGGGCCAGGUUUUGGUUCAAAACACUUUGGUUUCUGGGGAAGAACUUCCUGCUGCGGAGGCCUUGGUCCAGCUGCCGUUUCAAACUCUUCCACCGCCACAGACCGUCGCAGUAAAUCUGCAGGUGCAGCCAUCAGUUCCGAUCGAAACUCCAGCGAUUUGCCAAGUGGAGAAUGUGUGUGAAGGGGAGAUGCCCGAGGACUCAGAUUGUGUCCACAUGGCAAGAACACCUACACCACCCACCUUGUCCCCACCAGCCAUAACCUUGGGCCAUGGAGAGGCUCUUAAUUCAGAAGAUCCUUUGUCAGAGCAUGUGGGACUGCCUUCAGUGACAUCAUCAGUCAGUGCCUCAGUAAUUAAAUCUCCAUCUGAUCCUUCCCAUGUCUCUAUUCCACCACCACCUCUUUUGCUUCCAGCAGCAACAACAAGGAGCAACAGCACAUCCAUGCCCAAUAGCAUUCCCAGCCUAGAAAAUAAACCUCCACAGGCUAUUGUUAAACCCCAGAUCCUGACCCACGUCAUCGAAGGCUUUGUGAUUCAGGAGGGGUUGGAGCCGUUCCCUGUCAGUCGUUCAUCUUUGCUGGUGGAACAGCCUGCAGAGAAGAGAUUGCUGGUGGAGGGUCAGAUCAUGAGUGUGGUGUGUGUUGAAUCAGACUUGCAGAACACAAAACAUGCAGACAACUCAUCAGACACAGAGAUAGAGGAUAUGAUUGCAGAAGAGGGACUGGAUGAAAUUGAAAAUGAUCUUCUGAAGUGUGAAUUUUGUGGAAAAAUGGGAUAUCCCAGUAAGUUUCUGCGGUCAAAAAGAUUCUGCUCCACAUCCUGUGCCAAAAGGCACAGCCUUAGUUGCACUAAGAAAUUUGGGCUGUUUCCAUCAGACAAGACCAGUCGUUGGAAUCGGAAAUCAGAUAGCCAAAGUCUUGGGCGACGCGGGCGUCGGCCGAGCGGCCCUGAGGGGGCAUCACGAGAUCAUUUUCUUAGACAGCUUCCAAUUACGUAUCCAUCUGCAGAAGAAGAUCUGGCUCCUCGUGAAGACGCAGUUCCUACGGCCAUGACCACGCGCCUGCGGAGGCAGAGCGAGAGGGAGCGGGAGCUUCGGGAGCUGAGGAUGAGGAAGAUGCCAGAGAGCAUCGACAUGCUACCAGUGGUGCAAACUGACCCCUCAGUAUGGACUGUCGAUGAAGUUUGGGCCUUUAUACAUUCUCUGCCUGGUUGUCAAGAUAUUGCAGAUGAAUUUAGAGCACAAGAAAUUGAUGGACAAGCUCUCCUCUUGUUGAAGGAGGAUCACCUUAUGAGUGCAAUGAAUAUUAAGCUUGGACCUGCAUUGAAAAUCUGUGCACGUAUCAAUUCCUUGAAAGAAUCCUAGGAGGUGAACAUGAAGGUUUAAA